AUGUCAACGAACGGCCCCCGUCCCGCAAAGCGUGCCCGUCAGGCUUGCGAUCCAUGUCGACGGAAAAAGUCGCGAUGUCCUGGCGAAAAGCCUGUUUGCUCAUAUUGUGAACGACUAAAGCAGCAAUGUGUCUAUUCACAGAGUGAACUUGCAGAGCCAGAAUCUGCCGCUGAAAUGGCUAAGCGUCUGGAGAGUGUCGAAGACAAACUGGAGGAGUUGAUAAGUAGUCUAGGACCAAGACAAGAGUUGAGUCCAGUUACAAUGGACUUCAAUUUGAUGUCACACGCCACAGAUACUCCAAGUCUUGAGGAACAAAAUUCUCUCAUGAGAGCUGCGCGGCUGUACCUGGCUUUCUGCAACUACCAGCCCCUUCCGCUAUUCAGUUCUGGCGACUUUCUUGAAAACUUCAUGUCGAGAGACACAAGUCUUAUUUGUGUGGUUCAGGCUAUUGCUCUUCGCUUUGAUGCUGUAUCCGAAAGCAGUGAUUCGCACUUACAGAAGUUGGUGGGAAGAGCACGGUCUUUGGUUAUGAAUCAAAUCACCAACGGAGUCUUAGAAGUCUCUUCCCUACAAACUCUUUGUCUCUUGGCUCUGUUUGAGUUCUCCUCUGGCAAUACUACCCAGGCCGGACUGACUAUCAGCAUGGCAUCAUACCUAGCUCAGAGCAUCACCACUCGUGGCCAGGUUCUAAACGACAUACAAGAAGAGCCAGACGAAAGAAUUCGCUGCUUAUGGAGCAUCUACUUUCUCAAAAAUCUUCAAGGCGAUGGCAUUCAAACAAAUAUGCUGAUGGCCGGGACCCGCACACCUUUUGACACCGGUUCGGGGAUCUCUCAUACAUAUAACGCCCCGGCCAUUCCCCAAUACCCCAGCUCAAACCCGAGAGAAGAUGUGGGGCUGGUAUAUUAUAGCAUUCAAAUCAGUGAAUUAUGGGGCGCCGCUAUGAACUAUGCAGCUACUCGUGUGGACCACACUUCGCCCGCACCCUGGUUCCCCCACUCCGACUACUCAAUCAUUACAUACCGACACACGGAGUUUGAUGCCCGGGUCCCUCUUAGACACCGAUAUCAUGCCAACAGGUUCCAAAGUCAUACCCUGGAGGAGCUUGAUCAACGCCGUGACUUUUGGACGCAGAAACUACAAAGUCUGCGAGAGAGUAUCGCGACAAAUCCAGGCCGUCAGACAUGGUCUAUCAAUUCACGUCUCCUAUGGGAGGUGCUUGUUUACGAUCAUGCAAGCAGAUCCCCCGCUUCAAAUAACAUUUCCCGAAAUUCAUUCUCCGAUCAUGACGUUAGGCAACAAUAUUCAGGGAUGACCAGUUCAGAUAUUGACUUCCAACUCCUUGGGUCAGCUGGAAUAUCGGGCCACAAGACUGUCGUCAAGGAGGUUGCCGACGGGCCACCCGAAUCGGUUUCCACUCCUCCAACUGAAUUCACCCAUGAGAGGGGUACUCAUACCACCUUGUUCAUGAAGCCUUCUGGGAUGAUGGGAGACAUGAUGGGAGAAAUCAUCAAUGAAAAUUUAUUUGUAGAGCCGGAGAAUUAUGGGAGAGCAAUUGAGGAUUGGUGGAACAUGCCAUCUUUAUGA